AAGAUGCCAGCCGGAACUUUAGAAAGAACAUCUCCAUCUGCUGUGGCUGCCACCCCGGCAAGUAGCGACUCCACACCCGAAAAACCCCGGACUCAGACAGAGAGCAGAAAGUCUUCUAAACCAAUCAUGGAAAAGCGGAGACGUGCGCGGAUCAAUGAGAGUCUGGGCCAGCUGAAGACCCUCAUCCUGGAUGCUCUCAAGACAGACAGCUCCAGACACUCUAAACUUGAGAAGGCGGACAUCCUUGAGAUGACUGUGAAGCACCUCAGGAACCUGCAACGACUCCAGAUGACCGCUGCUGUGAACAUAGACCCAUCCGUCCUGAGUAAAUACCGAGCCGGCUAUAGUGAGUGCGUUGGAGAGGUCACCCGUUUCCUGUCUACAUGUGAAGGUGUGAACACAGAGGUGAGGACUCGACUCCUCAGCCACCUGGCGGCAUGCGUGACCCAGAUCAAUGCUGUGAACUUCUACACACCUCAUCCAGGCCCACUGGGACUCGGACAAACUGGGACACAGAUUCCAGCUGCGUCAGCCCCACAGAUGCCUUGCAAAAGUGGCUCACCGUUGCAAGCCGUCCCAGAAGCGAUGAAGCUGUAUGGUGGCUUCCAGGUCGUGCCAACGCCAGAUGGACAGUAUGCCUUUCUUGUUCCCAGUGCAGCUCUUGCACCUAUGAGUGCACAAAACAGCCAUCACAUGUCACCUGUUGCACCCCCAGCCACCUCAGAUUCUGUGUGGAGACCGUGGUAG